AUGGCGCGGCAUUCGACACCGUUGGCCGAUGGCGGCUAUCAGCAGCUUCCGGCGACACCGGGAUCGCCAUUGGCGGCGGGCGUACCGAUCCCUCCACUUCCGUCGGGGACGCUGUUCGCUACCAAAAACAACACGAAAGUCACCGCACAACGGGGCGGCACGGCGCUGCUGCCGUGCACCGUACUCAGCCAGCCGGCCGCCACGGUAUCGUGGAUCCGCCGACAGGACUUUCAGCUGCUCACCGUGGGGCUGUCGACGUACAGUAGCGAUGAGCGGUUUAUGGUGGCACAUUUACGGCACUGGGGCCUCUGGGCGUUGCGGAUCAAAUCGGUGCGCGCCGAGGACGAAGGCGUCUACGAGUGUCAGCUGUCCGUGCAUCCCGUGCAGUCCGUGUUUGUCGAGCUUAAAGUAGUAGAGGCGGAAGCCGAAAUCGUUGGCGCACCGGAUCUGCACAUCGACGAGGGCUCCACGUUGAGGUUGGAGUGCAAAUUACAACGUGCCACAGAGAAUCCCACGUUCGUGUUCUG